ACAUUUGACCGAGCGGAAGUAAAUCUUCUGUUUAUUCUUUGCAGGCGCUGGGUGCUCGUUUUCCUCGAGAGUCGCCUCACAUUAAUCGCAGUUUGCAAAAGAUGGGACGCAGAAAGUCGAAGAGAAAACCCCCUCCCAAGAAAAAGAUGACAGGAAAUCUGGACACCCAGUUUACCUGCCCCUUCUGUAACCACGAGAAAUCAUGUGACGUCAAGAUGGAACGAAGUCGAAAUACUGGGAUAAUAUCCUGUACUGUGUGUCUAGAGGAAUUCCAGACACCAAUAACUUAUCUCUCGGAGCCGGUGGACGUGUACAGUGAUUGGAUAGAUGCUUGUGAAGCAGCCAAUCAGUAGUUUUGCUGGGUCAAAUGUCACAGAUGACCAAAUACACUUGAAGACUUUUGUUUGUUUUAAACUCCU